ACUCAAUCUCUCUCGGACACUUUUCACUUUCGCUUUCACUUUCACCUCUCUCUCUCUCUCUCUCUCUCCAAUGGCCUCCACCAAGCCUCUUCUCGUUUUCUAUCUCUUCGUUCUUCUCUGUUUCGCUACCUUCUAUGUUUCUAUCUCCAAGCCCGAAGACGCCGAUCUCGAUGAAGAUCUGAAGUUUCUCGAGGAAGGAGAAGACGACGCCGUUGCGUCGCAUUCAGAUCCGUACCACAACUAUGAGAAUUAUGAUGGACUCGAGGACGACGAGUCGUCCGAUUCUCACGACUCGUACGCGCCUCCGGUGAUCGACGAGAAGGAUGUGGUUGUGUUGAAGGAGUCGAAUUUUAGUGAGUUUGUGGAGAAGAAUAGCUAUGUGUUGGUGGAAUUUUAUGCUCCGUGGUGCGGACAUUGUCAGGCUCUGGCGCCGGAGUAUGCGGCGGCGGCGACGGAGUUGAAGGGAGAGGCGGUGCUGGCCAAGGUGGAUGCGACGGAGGAGAGUGAGUUGGCUCAGAAGUAUGAUGUUCAGGGAUUCCCGACGGUGUUUUUCUUUGUUGAGGGGGUUCACAAGCUUUAUCCUGGUGGACGGACUAAGGAUGCUAUUGUGACUUGGGUGAAGAAGAAGACUGGACCUGCUUUGUACAACAUAACAACAACAGAAGAGGCAGAACGUAUAUUGGCUAAUGAACUGAAAGUAGUUUUGGGCUUUCUGAACAAUUUGGUGGGCCCGGAGAGUGAGGAGCUUGCUGCUGCUUCAAAACUGGAAGAUGAUGUCAGUUUUUAUCAGACUGCCGCUCCUGAGGUGGCAAAGCUCUUCCACAUUGAUCCCCAAGUCAAACGUCCAGCUCUAGUCAUGCUAAAGAAGGAGGCUGAAAAAAUCAACCACUUUGUGGGUCAGUUCAGCAAAUCAGCAGUAGCAGAAUUUGUAUUUGAGAACAAGCUUCCUUUAGUGACCAUUUUUACUCGGGAAAGUGCCUCACUAAUAUUUGAGAAUCCAAUAAAGAAACAGUUGAUACUUUUUGCUACUUCCAAUGACUCAGAGAAGUUUCUACCUGCAUUCCAAGAGGCAGCAAAAGCUUUCAAAGGAAAGCUUAUCUUUGUUUAUGUGGAAAUGGAUAAUGAAGAUGUUGGGAAACCAGUUUCAGAGUACUUUGGUGUGACAGGAGAUGCUCCAAAAGUUCUUGGUUACACAGGAAAUGAUGAUGGCAGGAAGUUUUCAUUGGAUGGUGUAUUAACAUUAGGCAGCAUCAAGUCAUUUGGGGAUAAUUUCCUCGAAGACAAUCUUAAGCCUUUCUAUAAGUCCGAUCCAAUUCCGGAGACUAAUGAUGGGGAUGUAAAAAUAGUGGUUGGCAACAACUUCGAUGAAAUUGUUUUGGACGAGUCGAAAGAUGUACUUCUUGAGAUUUAUGCACCUUGGUGUGGGCAUUGCCAAGCACUAGAGCCAAUAUAUGACAAGCUUGCCAAGCAUUUGAGAGGCAUUGAUUCUCUUGUCAUAGCUAAGAUGGAUGGGACUACAAAUGAGCAUCCUCGUGCCAAGGCUGAUGGGUUCCCCACGCUUCUCUUCUUCCCAGCUGGCAACAAGAGCUUCGACCCGAUCACCUGUGACACUGACCGUACAGUCGUGGCUUUUUACAAAUUCCUCAAGAAGCACGCAUCCAUCCCGUUCAAGCUCAAAAAACAAGCAUCAACCCCGGAUUCCCAAGCUUCUGAUGCAACCAAGACCCAUGAGAGCAGCAGUGAUGAUGUGAAAGAUGAAUUGUGAGGUUUGUAACAUUUUGAGUAGCCUUUUGCCCUUUGGUUAGAAGCCAAAAAUGCUGCUCGGAUCAGUCAGAAUGGUGAUAGAAGCCAAAAAAAAAAAAGGGGGUUUGUUGGGGGGGAGCCAUAGGCAUAACUUUCAAAAUUCCUUUGUCUUUCUGUUUUGUUUAACUUAUAAACUCCAUAGUUUUGCCUUCAAUAGUCUUAAGCAAUAAAUAAAAAGUUUCUUCUCUUACUUGGCAGUUGUUCGAAGGGCAAUACUCUCCCACGCCCCCAUGAACCAAUGGGUUCUCCAAUUGAAUCAUGUAAUCACAAAGCUAAGAGCAUCAUGAAUCCACAGUAACAAUCUUUACUUCGUUUUUUUCAUCUUCGUACCUUGACUUCUAUUGACCUUUCUC